AUGAUACGAUACUACUCCUUUCGUACUCUUAAUUUGGGAUUUUUCAAUUCAAAAAGUCACAUUAUUCCUUAUAGAAUUGUAGAUUUUCGACUCGAUAAACUGUUGCAAACCAAAACUCGGGUUCCUGGCAUAUCAAGGAAAGAUGGUUUUUUGUAUCCAAUCGAAAGAAUGCGUGGAUUAGUCACGAACCACAGGAGUCAGAAAAAAUGUUGGAAAUGUAAUUCGGAGAUAAACUAUCUUUCGCUUAGUUGCAUUAACAAAGAAUGUGGUGUCAUUCAAAAACCAUUGCCAAACGAUGUUACUUAUUUUGAGUUGUUAAGAAUGCAUGAAGAUAAUUUUGAUCC